GCGAGAUGCCGUCAGAGCAGCGCGCGCUCACUCGCGCGCCCGCGGCUUUGAAAGAACGGACGUCGCGCGGGGAGGGAGGAAGGAGAAGCGAGGGGAGGAGAGGAGAGGAGAGGAGAGGGGAGGGGGUGCGCCGCGAGCGACACGGGAGCGCGCCGAGCGGUGCAGAUGUGUCGCAGAUUUGAAAACUCGCCACACACGGAAUAGAAGGAAAACGAAAGAAUGGAAAACGACGGAAAGUGAAAGGGAACGAGCACCGCGCGUGACACAGGAGGGAUGCGGGGCUGAGGACGCGCGCUGCACGGCCAACGCUCGAGACUCGUCAGGAAGCGAACGCCACACACUUUGUUUGUCGAGAUUAAACGGGAGUCAGUAUCGCCGGGGCCAAAGUAGAGGGUAACAUCACAUUCCCGUCCUGCCCGAGCGAGCGCGCGCGCACGCCACCCCGGCCCGCGUACUGAUGGAGCUGUCAGCGAUAGGCGAGCAAGUGUUCGCUGUGGAGUCCAUCAUCAAGAAGAGGGUUCGCAAGGGCAACGUGGAGUACCUGCUGAAGUGGAAGGGAUGGCCGCCCAAGUACAGCACGUGGGAACCUGAGGAGCACAUCUUGGACCCGCGCCUGGUCCUCGCCUAUGAGGAGAAGGAGCAGAAGGACAGAGCCCUGGGAUACCGAAAAAGAGGCCCAAAGCCCAAGAGGCUCCUCCUACAGAACAUUUACACCAUGGAUCUGCGCAGUGCACACAAGGGCCCGGAGAAGCCCCCCGCUCGCCUCCGUCUCUCCCUCACCCGAUCCCUGACCCCCGAGGCAGGAGCCGAGGGUCCGCCGUGUCGCACUGGGGGGGCCCUUUACCGCCGGCUGGCCCAGCGCAGGAACAAGCAAAGGGCAUCCAAGUUACUGCGCAUCAGUCCCCAGCCCCGGCCCACCACGCCCACCCCUGAGAGCCUGGACAGAGACUGGGGGGACAGAGAGGACGAGGAGGAGGAGGAAGAGGAUGAGGAAGAGGAGGCGGCUAGACAGGAGGCUGAGAGAGAGAUCCAUCACGACAUGCUAAAUGGGUCAGACCAGGCAGAGUGCUGGAGCUCAUCCGUGGGGGCAGAGACAGAGACCAUGACCGAGCGCUCAGAGGGCUGGAGUCCGGGCACCGGUCCAGGGGAGGUGACCGUGACAGAGCGGCCGGAGGGCUGGAGUCCGGUCAUUAGCCCGGGGGAGGUGACCGUGACAGAUGUCACCAUCAACUCGGUGACAGUGACUUUCCGAGAGGCCCUGGUGGCCAAGGGUUUCUUCAAAAGCUGGGAGCUGGAGUUCUGAUACCCAGAGAUUGGUGGGGAGGGGGUCGGAAAGUGGGCAGUCAAGACUGAAAAGCGAGGCCGGGAAGCGAAGACUGCUGGGUACCUGAAUUCCUCUCCUACAUGUCCCUGAACGUCCUCCUCUCGUUGUGCCCUGUGUCCGGGCGCAUCCCCCCUCCUGCGCCCACCGUGUCUCAGCAGCGCUCUUUGCAUUUGCAUCGUUUUCAUCGCCCUGCACACACAUCCACAUGCAUCCCUACUUUCCCGAGCGAUACCCAGACACACAAACACGCCCUGGCGCUGCACGCAGAGCAUCGGCUCAGCACACUAUGUGGCAAGUGAUGAGGAAUACGCAGUACUGUACAAAAGUCUUAAGCGCUUAGAUGUUUCACAGAAAUAUUAGUUUUAGACGGUUAU